UGUUUAUGGCGUCUAAGCGGCAACUUGUUCUAUGUUUGUGAUAAUUUACUUUAGUUAAUGAGAAAAUGGAUGGUUUCACCAAUUCCAAAAUAGAGAAACAGACGAUAUACGAGAUAUACCGAGCAUGUCGGCUUUGCGGCGCGGGUGCUGGCUACAAAAUGCCAAUAAUACAAAAUGUCGUGGACUUGGAUAGCGGGGAAGUGGAGUUGAAGCAAAAAGUCCGUGAGUGUGUUCAAAUCGAGGUGCAUCAAGAUGACAAAAUGCCUCCGCUAAUAUGCGAGCUUUGCGUGGACAAGGUCAAUGACUUCUACGAGUUUCUGGAGAUGUGCCGACAAACUAACAAAAGGACUAGGCUCCGUCUCGGCUUGCCACCCCAGACAUUGCCUAGAGGCGCGCCUGAUGCAGGUGACUGCAUAUUAGGAGUUACUGAGCCAAUCUUCGUAGACAACGAGGACUCCAAUGAGCCUAUUCUGAGGUCCAAAAGUAAAUCUGUGAAGAGUGUCAAAGUCAAGAAGGAACCAGAGAGCCGAGAAUCCCGAAAUAAGAAGGAUGGUAAAGAGCAUAAGAGUGAGAAGGAAAAGUUCCAUAGUAGAGUCAUAAAGAAGGAGGGUGGUCAUGACAGCAUAGAGCCCCGGACCCUUCGCCGCAGGGCCGCGAGUCCGCCUUCCAGCCCACCAGACAGUCCCGCGCGUUUGCUGAGAGGCACAAAGCGACAUCACGAUGAUGACGUUUCACUUAGCAGCAUACAGAAAUCUAAAAGAUCCGAUGAAACAACUCCCAGGUCCAUAUUGAAGCGAGACAGAGAAUCUGUUAAGUCCGUAGACUCAACAAAAGUGACAAGGUCGCGCGAGAAAGAAAACGAGAAAUUGUUCAACAGCAAGAAAGUCAAGAUCGUGAUAAACAAGAUGAGCUUAUUGCCCAAACCGCCGAGCCCCAAACCCCAACCGAAACCGUCGCCACACAGUUUGCUAAAGUGUAAGGUGUGCAAAAGUACCUUCGAUAACAGCAGGUCGCUCAGCAAUCACAUGAAGUCGCAUCCACACAGCAAGCCAGUCGAACGUAAAGCCUCCCCGCCACCGCCGCCCAGAAAGGAAUUAAAAAAAAUCGAAUGCAAGCAAUGCAAACGGGAGUUCAACGCCAGGAGCCUUAUGAAAAUUCACAGGUGCAAUGCAAAUGCUGUUAAAACCGCAGCCAAGGCCGAGCUAUUGCAGAGGCCUGUGUCGAAACCCGUGCGUAUUUCCACGCCCAAGAGAAGAAGUCAAGAAAUAGAUCCGAAACUACUGAAGCAAUUGCGGCCAUUACAAGUGAGAAUCUCGAAAUGCGACCCGCUGCUUGAGAACAAGAUCGGAGACCACUACGACGCGGCAGAUGUAGACUAUGACUAUGGACUGGACAAAAGCUGCGUCUACCCAUAUAUCUACACUUUCAGACAUCUACGCAUCAAGUCUGAGCCCAGCUACAUGGUCAACAUACAGGACGAAAUCAAAAAAGCGUGUGACUUGGACGAGAGCUACGUCCACUGGGAUUCGGACGAGACUGACAGCGAUCUAGACCUUUCCGAUGCGAAAAAAGUCGAUACACUAACGUCGCUAUCGAUAAAAACUCUAUUCUCACCAAAACUAAUUGGAAAAGUACCUAAAAGACGCAAAAAGGUGAAAGUCGAUAAAGCAUUUGAUUCAAUACUGAAUUCCACUAGUGAUUUCGAUACGGACAUGCGUUUAGGUAUCGAUAACAUUAUCAACAGUUUAGGAGACGAAAAAGACAAAAGUGUUUUAGACACUGACAAUAGUGCUGCGUCGAAUAAAGUCGAUAGAACAGACAACGAUUCAUUGUUCGGUGACGAUAACUCCCCGGCCAUAACCAACGAUGAUUUUGAUUCACUUUUCAGUAAAGAUGCUAGUAAAACGUGCAAUGAUUCCACAGCUGAUAAUAAAAGUGAAGACAGUGUAGACAUUACAAGUUAUGCAUCGAAAUUACCAUUAGACUCGGACGAUAAAGUGGAGAAAAGCGAUAUAGUAUCAAGUAAAGAACAAUGUUCUAAAACAUUAGAGAAUAAGGAUAUUAAUGAAUCUGUUAGUGUUAGUGAAACCAAUAAAACAAAAGAUUCAGACGAAUCAGGUGUAUGUGAGGGAAGUGAAAAUUGUGUAAAUGAUGUUAAUAAAGCAACAAAAGAUGUAAGAAAAUCAAGCGAUUUGAAUUUAGAUAAUAAUAUAGAUUUAAAAGUUAGUGUAGAUUUUAACGCUGAAGAAGUUAAUAGAGAUAAAGUUGUUAAAGAUGAUCAUACUACAGAUAUCGGUGAUGCAGAAAAAGAUAGUAAAGACGAGACAGCGGAAGCAAAUAAUGGUAAAACUCGCGUAAACGGACAGUCUGACUUAACAGAAGCGUUCAGUAUGGACGAUUUAGAGGAUGUGAGUGAUACCGAAAUAGAAGACAGUAGGUUAAUGGCAGCCCUGGAUAAACAAAUAGAUGAAAAUUAAACGAAUUAAUGUGAUGUACAAAAUUAUAUCAAACACAGUUUUCGCGACAGUGAAAUCUACAUUAACGAAAGUGCUAUUAUUAUCUACGUUCAAAUAAACAUUAAAAAUUGUGGAUUAAUAGUAUAAAUUCGAUGGGAUAUUGCAGUAUUUGUAGCAAUAGAAACACAUCAAUGCCUUAACACAUAUAAUUGAAGCGAAUGAAAAAUUACGCAAUGACAACCACAACAUCGGCUGAUCAUAUUUAAGUUCAAUAGGAUCACAGAUGGCUAGGGCAAAAUGGUCAUAAGUUUUAUAGAAACAAGUUAAUACCAUGUCGCCGCCCGCGGCUUUGCCUAAGUUUGACAAUUCUAUAAACCAUUAGCAUCUUAUAUUGAAUCCUUAAGAGCCAUUGUGUCAGUAUGAAAUAUGUACAAAUUUGAACCUUAAAAUAAUGUAAAUAAGUUGUAUUUCACUCUGACCACGGAUCUAUUGAGUUGAAAUCAUGUUAAUUGCAGAAUAAUAGCUUGAAAAUUCCUAUUUCCAAGACCUGUUACUUAAUGGUUAAAGUACAUAAUUGCAUGCAUAGCGAGUUGUAAUGUUGUGCUGAAAUCCAUUAUCAAUAUGUUGUAAUGUUAUUUUAAUUAGGGAACAUCCCGCUUCUGAAGAAAAUUGUGUUUAUUCUUAUAUUGCUAUCUCGCUCGAUUUGAAUGCGCGCUGUCCCUUUCGCCAGAGCCUGUUAUCCAGAAAUCAGAUUGGAUUAGAUUUUAUUGUAUGUGAAGUGUGAAAAAGAUUAUAAAAUACAGGGGUAAUGCUUUAUUUGUUUUGGGCGCCCCUAAACCUUUUGCUGCACUCCCGAUUUGAGAUGCAAAACCCUCGCUAGAUGACCUCCCUCUCACUAGAGCCCUUUAAACGCUAUGCACGUUUAAACCAUAGAGUACAUAUUUUACUGAUGCCAGGUGUGAAAGAAGAGUAUGGGCACCUCUUAACCUCUCGAUAUGCUAUAGCCGGAUUUUAGAUGCAAAACAUUCGCUGCUCUAGGAUGUUUUUUUUUUUUUAAAUAUAUACGCUCAGGAUUUAUCCCGGCGCCCAUAAAACAAGGCAUUACCGUUGUGUUGAAUUAUACGCUAUUAUGUAAUUUAUGAUUAAAGAGUUUAUUAGAAAUGUUUUGUUUGAAAAACCUGUUUAAAACGCUGUGCGUAGUAAUCUUAUCGAAAUUGUCGGUUUAUAUAAAACGUUUUUUAAAAUAUUUUAUGUCAUACACACAUCUUAUACACAUAUGUUAUGGGCACUAAGAUGAAAAAUUGUUUUGAACAAUAAACAUAUAACACAACUUAUAAUAUAC